AUGUCAGCCGUCGGAUUGCACAAGCUCAACGGCGACACGUCUUGGCUCUUCCGUCUUCCCACCUCUUCGCACCCGGCAAACCCGGCGAAUUCGCACUUCUGCAACCUUGUCAUCGAUCCAUGGCUUGACCCAACACCACAGGUCGACGGUUCGCCGCUCUUCUCUCGGCAGACUCGUAUCGAACCCUCCGCAUUCGCAUCCCUCGCUAAACUCGAUGCAUGGCUUCACACCCAGUCCUCUGGUAAAGAACGGAUAGAUGCGGUCCUCUUCAGUCAUCCAUUCACAGAUCAUCUGCAUCCCGAGACCAUCACCGAUCAAGAGUCGUUGGCCGUGUUACGCAGAGCUACGAUCUUUACCACGAACGAUUCUCUCGCCGCACUACGUUCCAUCAAAGUAAACCUUGGCGCGAAAGUGGUCAAUCUCUCGUCGAUCGCUGUACGACAAGAUCCAGCUACCUCAGUGCUACCGCACGGCAUCACCAUCGACCACCUGCCAGCGAAGGACUGGGCCGUCAGCCCCGCAUGGUCCAAGCUACACGGUGGCAUCCUAGUCUCCUGUUCAACCACCAUCCCAACCCAAAUCCUCUACUCUCCGCACGGUAUCACCCCUACCUCCCUCCCACCCCAUCUCACAUCGCAAGACGACUCCGUCAAGCGAGUCCUCAUCCACAGCUUCGACCGUCAAACCCUCCCUCUCAUCGGUACAGUCGCUUGUGGCUUCCCCAACAUCCUGCAUCUGAUACCCGUAUUCAACCCGCACAUCGUCCUGGCUACUCACGACGAACACAAGCAGGGAGAAGGCAUUGUCGGUCGCUUAUUAAGCAGACAAGUUUUCUCGUUGGAGACGGCACACCAGAUGAUAAGCGAGAUGCACGCGGAUGGAGCAAUGCAGCGCGAAUGCGUGGUCAAGCAGUUGACGCCGGGAGAGUCAAUACGAAUCACCUAG